AUCGGUAGAGGCCCGGACAGGUUCUCUCCCGGCUUUUCCGGCCUCACCUCCCACACUCUCCUGCCUGUGCGCUGGAGGUCCUCCGCGUCCCCGACCAUGGCCCAGAAGCCGAAGGUAGACGCCCACGUUGGGCGCCUGGGGUACCUGCAGGCGCUGGUCACGGAAUUCCAGGAGACGGAGAGCCAAGACGCCAAGGAACAAGUCCUGGCCAACCUCGCCAAUUUCGCCUAUGAUCCCAGCAAUUACCAGUAUCUGCGGCAGCUGCAGGUCCUUGAUUUAUUCCUCGAUUCGCUGUCGGAGGAGAAUGAGACCCUGGUGGAGUUUGCUAUUGGAGGUCUUUGCAACCUGUGCUCAGACAAGGCCAACAAGGAGCACAUCCUGCAGACAGGGGGCAUCCCACUCAUCAUCAACUGCCUGUCCAGUCCCAACGAGGAGACUGUGCUAUCCGCUGUCACCACGAUCAUGUACCUGAGCUCACCAGGCUCUGGCUCCCACCCAGAGCUGACCGCCCUGCCCGUGGUCCAGUGCAUGCUGCGCUUCUCUCUCUCGGCCAACACGAGGCUCCGGAACCUGGCCCAGAUCUUCCUGGAAGACUUCUGUUCCCCAAGCCAGGUGGCUGAAGCCCGCAGCUGGCGGGGUCACUCUGCCCUGGGUAUUCCCCUGCCAAGGACCGAGGCCCCACAGCAGCCCUGAUCCAAGGAGACUUCAAGGCCAUGGCACCCCCACUGCCAGAGACAAGACCAAAUCCUCAUGGGGGCUCAGGAAGCAGGAGCAGCAUAGCUCCCACUGAGCACAUUCUCCCCAAAUGGUGCCUUUUCGGCCAUUGUAAAGGUGAGUUUUCUCAGCAUGACAGGUAUUUACACUGUGAUGAAAGGCAUUAGGAGAUGAGUGAGAACGCCAAACUUCGGGACACACGGAGAAGGAAAUCAGAGGCAGUGCCGUUGUCACAGGCUGGCACUCUGAACCAACUAGAGGUGAAGGUCCUGCCUCCCAGCCCACCCCACUGCCAGGCUCUCACUCUCGUGUAAGAAGCACCAGGGUCCCUAGAUCCAGAGGCUGUGCAGAAGGCGGUUCUCCUGAGGAGCAGCUGGGCCUGGGGUUUAGGAGAAUUGCCUAAGCUUGAGGAAU